AUGAUUCCCGCAUUACAUCCCUUUUAUAUUCAGACAAGACGGGCAGAUGGUGAAGCCAUGGCUAUGGAGGACGGAGCUAGCAUACACAGGUCUGUAGUUGCUAGGGAAGCUAGAAAUCGCUUGAGAAUACAACGGAUACCUUGGCCUGCCCAGUCACCAGACCUCAACCCCAUUGAAAACCUAUGGUGGAAAAUGAAAUACAGAAUAAACCUAAGAACCCCGGCCAUUACCACCAAGCCACAGCUUAUACAAGCACUCCAGGAAGAAUGGGACUCGGAUCGCUUCACACCAGAUGACUUCAAGAGGUUGAUAGAGAGUAUGCCUAGGAGGGUCAGGGAAUGUAUUAAGAGAAAAGGAGCUUCUACGCACUACUAA